UCCGCAAAUCCGCAAAGAAGAGAGCACGACGUGACGUAAACGACGGAUCCAAACAAGUAUCAGCUGUGUUGCAGUCAUUGUUCCCCCGUUUCGUAUCGCUCCAGGCAGAUAGAUCCUGUUUCUUUCGAAAUUGCCAUCGAGUCUCGGUUGACGGAAACUGCGCGAACUGCGGGGAUUAAGAGGGUGGCUGGCUCCGCGCGAGAGAAACGCGCGCGAGGAGGCGCAAACGUUUUCAAAGAUCCGCGGACGCGACAAGUGGCGAGAGAGAGGAGACGGGAAAAAAACGACGGGGGGAAAGCUAGGCCAAGUUUCUUUUUUUCUCCUUCAUUCCAACGCAAUCGUGGCUGCGCGCGUGGCUUCCUCAGAACCCCCGGCCCCAGGUCCCAGGUCCGCGCCACGCCACUCGCCAACGGUUACCCCGGGGGACAAUAAUAGUGUGGAAAACGGGGCGGUACGCGCGUAAGCCUGGCCUCGAGCAGCGAGUCGGACGACGGUGGACUCGCUCCGCCACCGCGCAAAAGGUCCCGUAGUUCCGUGCCGACUACCCUACGACCAGCGGACGAGCACCACUCCCCUAGUCCGGACAUGGAUAAUUAUCGUAUGCACGACAGCGUAAUGCAGCAGCAGCAGGCCUCAAACGGUGGUGUGUCUUCUGGACUGCAGCAAAAUGGAGCUAAAGUGGAUUCCGGUGGGCCCCAUGCCAAUGGCAAUCUGUUACCGGAAUCAGAUAGUGACAUUAAUGGUGUGAACGGGGAUAUAAAUCAAAGUUUGGGACCACCAAAAAUAAUGGACAAAACUAAUCAAGAUAUUGUGCGACUUAUCGGACAGCAUUUGAAGACAGUUGGUUUAGAUCGGACAGCAGAUUUGCUUAUGCAAGAAUCGGGUUGUCGUCUUGAUCAUCCUGCCGCAGCGAAAUUCAGGCAGCACGUUAUGGAUGGCGAUUGGAACAAAGCAGACCAUGACCUUAAUGAACUCAAGUCUUUUUUAAAUAGUGCAAACCAGAGUUUAGUGGAGAUGAAAUUCUUACUGUUAGAACAAAAAUAUUUAGAAUAUUUAGAAGAAGGCAUGGUGUUUGACGCGUUACACGUACUGCGCAAUGAGCUUACACCUCUGGGCCAUAAUACCGGUCGUGUUCAUCAAUUAUCUUUAUUUAUGAUGUGUAGCGGACGAGACGAAUUACAGACACGUGCAGGCUGGGAUGGAAAAGGGCCAGCCUCUAGAGCUGCUCUUAUGGAUAGACUGCAAAAAUUCUUGCCACCUUCCAUUAUGUUACCGCCGCGCAGACUUCAUUCUUUACUCUGUCAGGCUGUGGAAAUGCAAAAUCAACUGUGCACGUAUCAUAUAACGCACUCGCAGCAGACAAGUCUAGAGAAUGUGUCUCUGCUUGUGGAUCAUAACUGUGGCAAGGAGCAAUUUCCGUGCCAUACUAUACAAGUACUUCACGAUCAUUGCGAUGAAGUCUGGUAUUGCAAGUUUUCACCCGAUGGUCUCAAGCUUGCCACAGGUUCUAAGGAUAUGACUGUAAUAGUAUGGGAUGUGGAUCCAGAAACACUGAAAGUGACGCAUAGGAAAACCCUCGAAGGUCAUACAUAUGGCGUAGCAUUGAUCGCUUGGAGCCCCGACAGUAAUCAUCUAAUUGCCUGUGGUCCCGAGGAUUGUCCAGAAUUGUGGCUUUGGAGUGUUGAUACGCCUGACUGCGAGUUACGUGUGAAGCUGACGCAAAGCACGGACGAUUCGCUGACGGCGUGUGCUUGGCAUCGUGAUUCGAAUAAAUUUGUAGCUGGAGGCCUUCGCGGUCAAUUUUAUCAAUGCGAUAUGGACGGCAAUGUUUCCGAUUCUUGGGAAGGAGUUAGAGUAAAAUGUCUAUGGUGUCGCAGUGACGGGCGAACUGUUCUAGCAGCUGAUACACAUCACAGAAUUCGUAGUUACACUUUUGAUGACUUGGGUGAUGCCACUAUAUUACAAGAGGAUCAUCCCGUUAUGUCAUUUAGCGUAAAUAAGGCAGAUCGACUUGCACUACUUAACGUGGCGAAUCAAGGAGUACAUCUUUGGGACUUAGAAGAUAAAUGCCUUGUAAGGCGUUUUCAAGGCGUCACUCAAGGUCACUUUACUAUUCAUAGUUGUUUCGGAGGAGUCAAUCAAGAUUUUAUUGCCUCUGGUAGUGAAGACAAUAAAGUGUAUGUAUGGCAUAUCAAAAGAGAACUGCCUAUAGCGACUCUUACGGGACACAGUAGAAUAGUCAAUUGUGUUUCAUGGAAUCCUGUGUAUCAUCAAAUGAUGGCUUCAGUAUCAGAUGAUUUUACAGUAAGGAUAUGGGGUCCAAGAUCAUUUUCUUCGGAUGGAGAAAAUGAUACAACAGUGUCACUUGAGACCAACUCUUCAAAUAGUAGCAACUGGCACGAUACGGUAUCGUAGCGAACUACAACGUGACCAGUUCUCAGUGUUCCCAUGACCUCAUGGUGUUCAAAAGACUGUCACACUAACAUUUGACUGUCAUGCUGUCCCGUUGAUUGUCGUACUGACAUUUUACUGCCUUCUAUAGCAGUUGCUCCUCUUAUACCUCUUGUCGAUCUUAACUAUCUAUUGUGUACAGAGGUAAUAGAGAGAAAGAAAAAGAUAGAGGAGACAGAGAGGGAGAAAGGGGGGAAUGUACAUGUUUAGCAACAAGUGCUAAAUCGCCUGCAAUUAUUAAAAUCGAAAUCAACCAUCGAGCGAUUAUAUCACAUUUGUGUAUACUUUUCUUUUCAUAGUACCUUUAAGUAUUUUAUAUGCAUCCAUAUAUAGUAUCUGUUGUGUUAUCUCAAUUAAACCUUUGAAUGAUUUAAUGUCGGAGCUAAUAAUCGAAAAAAAUGUGACGCAGCAUAAUAUGAUAUUAAGUAGGUCAUACCGGCAGAGUAGAGAAUAAAAAGAAAAAUUCCGUCUUAGGAUCGGUGUAUGUAAAGGUAAAAAUUAUGUAAACGAGGAAAUAUGGAGUGCAACCACAUAUUGGGACAGUAUCAUAGAAAGUAAUGUUUUGACAAGAAUUUUGUCAAAUUUGACUAAUUGUAUCAAUAAAUAUUGUACAUAACAGUUUCCGAUCUAGAGUUUUAUUCUAAGUCGUUUGUCGAUCGAUGACUCGAGCAUUAUCUUCGAUAUGUUACGCCGUGGAUUUCUCAUCUUUCACAGAGAGAAAGAGAGAGAAAGAGAGGCCAUAAAUUUUCAAAUACCGUGAUCUUUUAAAGCAUCACUGGAUCUCAUGGAUUGGAAUGGAAAUUGAAUAGAACCCUCAAUGUAGAAGCAAUCUUGUUGCGUUCGGCAGCAUAUCAAACUGUAGAGUUUAGAGAGUAAUAUGUGUACGUGUCCGAGAUGGCUUUAUUGUUUAGGCAUUUAUAAAACAAUUAUAUAUCAACUUUUAGUUAGAAUCAUGAUUUGUGCAAGAAAAAUUGUUCAAUAUAUGUAUAUCAUUAUUAGGCUAUAACUUUACAGCGAGGUAUCUCUAACAGUGAAUUAUAAAAAAUAUUUUUAAGUAAAAACUAAUUUAUUUAUGUGUAAUUGAAAUAAUCAGAAGUGAUAAACAUAUAACUACAAGUGUUGAACUUGUCUUAUUAACUGCCAUGUUAAAAAUGUUGCUUUUUACAAUUAUAUAAUAAAGAAAGAAAAAUAUAUAAACAUGAUGAUAUCUUAACAAAAUAUUUAAUAAAGUUAAUAUAUUUAUUUUCUGAUCAUUUAUAUUUACGAAAAUAAUUUAUAAAAAUUAUACAUUAAGAGAAAAUUACAAAAUAAAUAAAACAAUCUUUUUAAUCCGACGAUAUGUUUAUCUGAAGUUGUAACGAAAUUAUGUUUAAAAUACAAUGGCAAUUAAUGGGAUGAGUGCAUAAAAAAAAUUAAUUUAUUUUUCUCUCCAAAAUUAGACGAGAACGAGAAGUCUGAGACUAUCAAGAAAUGUAAGGUAUAAAUAUCUGUAUAAAUAUCUUUGCAACAUAUGUAUUACUAUUAAACAUAUUUACAC